AUGUUCGUCAAGCAUCUCACUACUAUCCUGGCCACUCUAUCGCUGCUUCUAGCUUUCACUACUGCCCUUCCACAAUCAACAACUCCCGUCAACCCGCCGUCUGACUUUCGUGCCAACCGGUGGUGCUCUUGGUGCUUCAAGUUUCCAGACGCAAAGAACCAGAGCUACUGCAACAUUGUUGUGCAGACACCUGGCAAUAUUAACCGGUACCCCAACGGUUACCCGGCGAUGGUGUUUAACCACAACUUCCAGCAGCUGCUUUGGGCACGGGAUGUGGGCCAAUUCGAUACGGUGCAUGAUAUCUACUUCCCUGCGCCACAGGAGAAGCAGGCGAUCGGGGUUCAUGUGUUGCUGGUGCCGAGCCAUAGAGUGAAUAACACGAAGGAGGCUCCGCAGAUUGUUUACAAUGGAUGGGGCUACUGGCAUGACCAGACCUGGACGACAUACACUGGGGUUCCUAAUGCAGACUGGACUAGCUUCCACACAUCAUUCAUUUGCGAACCUCGGGCAAGACCGAAAGACUAA